AUGGACAGGGACUCCGGAGGGCUGAGAGUACGGAGGGCCUGGCCAGGGCAGGAUGUGGGUUUCGCUGCUUGUUCCCGACCCCCACCUGUAAUGCACACACCUAGCUGUACUGAGGGAGCAAGGAGAGGACAGCAGGGCCAGACAGCCUGGGAAUGGUCAGGAAAAGGAGGCGCCAUCGCGACAUGGAGAAACUCUAGCAAAAAUGAGGGCAAGCUGGACAAGGAGGGAAAGUCAGAGGAUGAAGUAGAACCUGAGGCUGAAGGGAAGUCGGAGGAAGAAGGGAAUCAAGAAGAGGAGGGGAAGGCAGCACGCGAGGGCCAGCUGGAGGGUGAGGGAGGGCCAAAGGAGGAGGGCCACCCCCCGGAUGAGGACAAGUCAGGGAAGCAGGGAAAGUCGCCAGAAGAUGAGGGCCAGCCCAGCGAGACGCGUGCCACGGAAAAGCUUUCAGCUGAAGAUUGUGCAAAAAGAAAAACCGACCGCGGGACCACGGAUGACUCUCCCAAGAACUCUCGGGAGGACUUACAGGACAGGCAUCGGAGCAGUGAGGAGAUGAUGAGAGAGUGUGCUGAUAUGUCCAGGGCUCAGGAAGAGCUAAGGAAAAAACAGAAAAUGGGAGGAUGUCAUUGGAUGCAAAGAGAUGCUCAGGAUGCAUUCGCCCAAGGGGCCAACGGGGUGUCAGGGGAGUGCGGGGCGGAGGGAGAGGCCAAAGAGGUUUACACUAUAUUCCCUACCUUUAACACCCUUGGCCUUAGAUUCUGA